UUGCGUCGUGUCGUGUGGUGGGUGAGAUGAGGAUGGCGAGGUCGCGAACACCAGACGUUUACAAUUUUCAAUGUUGAAAGCCAGUGCCAGUCUAGCACGAGCUGCCGCUCAGGAGACACCCGUAGGGGACUUGCUUGUUUCAAGUUGAUGAACAAGAGAAGAUGCCUGGCCACCGUCAGCCUAAGUCUCUGGUAGACCUUAGUUUGGGGCGUGUGUGCCAACAACUCGACGGGACGUGCCGACGUCUACAGCAACUAUCACAAGAAUCGCCAGCCGCUCAGGUCCUCGUCUACGCCAAGCAGAAUAUCAGGCCUUACUACGUUAACGCUCUGCCAGCUCAGCUUCGUUCCCGAGUCAUAAACGAAACCUCCCGAAUGUUGGAUGGACCCUCCACUGAUGGCUCAACCCUAAUCUCCGGACCAGCUCCACUCUACCUUCACGCCCUCCUCCUAGGUCACGACAUCAAACGAAUCAAAGUCAAUCUCUGCUGCUACUACGGCUGCAGUCACCAAACAUCCCUCCUCAAACUCCUAGCAACCGAAGGAAUCGGCCUCGAGUCCCUAGAACUCGCCCGAUCAGCCCUUCUUCGCCUCGACUGCAAACUCCUCCGCACAUCUCUCGUCAGCAUGAAGAACCUCCAAAGCCUAACCCUCCGCAACAUCGCCAGCGACGCCGUUCUCCAAGUAGUAGGCAAAGCCUGCCCGAAACUCGUCGUCCUCGACGUCGCCUGCUCCCGCCAAGUAACCGACACCGGCCUAAAGCAACUCCUCCUCCAAGUCGAAUUCCGCGACAAACUCCCAGACCUAACAACCAGAGACACCACAAGUUGGUCCAAACUCAAGACCCUAAUAUCCAAACUAAAAAACUCCCGACGCGACAAAAAGGACAAGCAGAUCCUCCUGGAGUAUUACGAUCGUCGGAACUUCCUCUGCGACACCCUUCGAGUGCUGAACGUCGCCAACACCGGAGUGACCAGCGCCGGCGUCCUCCUCGCCCUCGAACACGUUCCCCGUCUCGAAUCCCUCGCCGACUACAACCACAUGGGUCGUGUAGUCGAAAUAAUGAACCGCAAUGUCAUAAACCUAAAAACCCCCUUCAAACUAACCCAAGCCCGAAGUUCCCGAACCACUCCCUCAAGGCUCGAACUCCUAGCCCAAGCCUGUCCCCUAGUCGAACGCCUCCACAUAUCCGAACCUCAUCAUCCACCCGAAGCCCUAAGACUCUUCCCCUUCGUCACCUCACUCAGCAUUCACGGCGUCCCCCCACAAAAGGAAUGGCUCACCGGCUUCUAUCACUAUCUCACCACCCACGGAUCCAAUCUCCGAAAACUCGACAUUCGCCUAACCCAAAGCGAACAACCCAUAGAUCUCGACCUAAAGGAAAUUUUCACCAGUUGUCCCAAUCUCCGAACAUUGACCAAAGACGGUUGUAAUGUGAUCUGGUCCGAGGGUGCCGAUCCCCAGCCUUUGAGAAAUCUCCAAAAAGUCCAACUCGGUAGAAGCUGCAGUGCGGCAACAAUUCUAAAACUCUUAUCGCUGGCUCCUGAACUGAACGCUCUUCAUGUUCACAGUUGCUUCGAUCUCUCCGACGAGCAUAUCGAAAAGCUGCUCGAAAAAAAGAGCCAAGAGUCGAAGAGUCUUGUACAGAAUCUGACGUGUUUCUACAUUUACGAGGCGAGCAAAGUCUCCGCGACGAUGGUCCUGAACAUGUUCAAGAGCUGUCGUAAAUUGAAGAAGAUUGGAAAUCUCACCAAUUGGGGCCUAGAUUGUGAUGGAGUGAGGAUGCUGCGAAAUGCUCUGGCGAAGGAGAAUCUUGACGUUGAUCUGUGUCCAGGUUCUCAUUGGUUCUGGAGUAAUUGCAUACAGUAGAGGAGUGGAAUUUUAGUGGAUGAAAGUGACCGAAAAUUUAAUGUCUAAACAAAACUACUGCCAUUGGGGGUCUUUGAAGAGAAGAAGUCUUUAAGUCUUCAAAAGUGUUUUAAAGUCUUUAAGCCUUCAAAAGUGUUUUAAAGUCUUUAAGUCUUCAAAAGUGUUUUAAAGUCUUUAAGCCUUCAAAAGUGUUUUAAAGUCUUUAAGUCUUCAAAAGUGUUUUAAAGUCUUUAAGUCUUCAAAAGUGUUUUAAAGUCUUUAAGGUCUUUAAAAAGUCUUUAAAAAGUCUUCAAAAGUCUGGAAAAAGUCUUUUAAGUUCUCCAUUUGGAUUCCGCUGGAUGACUACGAACAGUUUCUGCUAUUUUUAACCUGGUGGAAUAAAAAGUGAUGAAGCAUAAUAAACAAUCGUUUUCGAAAUGAAAAUGCUAACGGAUCUUGAAGAAGUGAAUAAGAUUUUUGGGUUCAGUUGGUAAAGUCACUGAAAGUUCCUCUCGGGGUUUCAAAAUUAAGAGGUCCCUGAAGUUGGCGUCGACGUCGAGCGUCAAAAAACGGUUUUUUCUUCUUCAAACUUGAAGAACCUGCAAUUUUUCAAGGAUUGUAGGGUAAAAAAGUAUUCAAAAGAAGUUUUCAACUCCCUAGGGAAAUAAAAAAAGGAAAAUUAGUAACGUUUUUGGCACUAAAAACCCCAAAGUCUUUUUUUCCUCAAAAUUGGAGAAUAUGGCAAUUUUUCGAGGCUUUUAGGGUCAAAAAGUAUUCAAGAGAAGUUUUUAACUCCCUGGGGGAAUAAAAGAAAGAAAAUUAGUCACGUUUUUAUGAUUAAACUUCAAAACCUUUAAAAAAAAAUUCUGACGCUACGACAAAAAAAGUUGUUCAAUUUUUUCUUUUUGCGAAAAAAAAUUCUUUUUACAUUUUUAACCUAAAAUAAAAAUUCUUUUAGAUCUUUUAACCUAAAAUAAAAAUUGUUUUAAACCUUUCAACCUAAAUUUAAAAUUCUUUUUAAUUUUUUUAACCUGAAAUCAACCGAAAAAGUGGUUCGAUUUUUUCUGUUUGCGAAAAAAAAUUCUUUUCACAUUUUUAACCUAAAAAAAAAUUCUUUUAGAUCUUUUAACCUAAAAUAAAAAAUUAUUUUGAAUAUUUUAACCUAAAAUAAAAAUUCUUUUCACACUUUUGCCUUAAAUUAAAAAUUCUUUUAACUACUCUUUUAAUCUAAAAUCACCUAAAAAGAAAGGUUUAAUUUUUUUCUUUUCGCGAAAAAAAGUUUUGGAUGCUCAGCGUCGACACAAAAUUCAGAGCGCCAGGAAGAUUCGAACCCCUGACGCUGAGAUCCACUGUCAGUCACUUUACCAACUCGACCACUACAAAUAUCGUCUAAAAAUCAUUUUCGCAACGUCGUGACAGCAGUUCAGACCAGAAUAAACUGGUGAUUUCGAAGUUUUUCUAAAAUUAAAAAUCGACUAGUUCCGAUUUGUUAUUUUUUAAUUUACAAACACUAUUCAUAAUAAAAAAAUUAAAAAUAA